AUAUGGUACAUUUAAUGCUAGAUAGAUAACAAUGAUGGAAAAUGAAAGAAACAACUCCUUGCUCAUUUGGUAAAACCAAGUGAAAUGUGUAUACUUUUGUAAAACUUUUUAUCGUAAUGAGUAUGUGGUGAAAUACAGAACAUGAUGCUUUUUAUGAUUAAUCAAUCAUUGAUACAGUAGAUGUCCAGAGCCCUUAAAAUGCCUGCCAAGAGACUAGAGUCAGAAACUUACUGCCAAUUCCAUGAAGAAAACUAGUGAUUGGAAGUUCUCCCAUGAAAUCCCAAGUGAUGUUACAGUUCACACUGGAGAUGCUUCUUUUUUAUUACACAAGUUUCCAUUGGUGUCAAAGUGUGGUUACAUAAGAAAAAUAUUAUCGAAUCCCACACAUUCUGAUCCUUUAGUAAUUGAAAUCCCUGAUGUCCCUGGAGGCCCUGAAGGAUUUGAACUCGCAGCAAAGUUUUGUUAUGGAAUAAACUUUGAAUUAUCAACAGAAAACAUUUCAAUAGUGAGAUGUGUUUCAGAGUUUCUUGAAAUGACAGAAGAUUAUGCAACUGGAAACCUUGUAACAAGAUCUGAAGCCUAUUUAGAUGAAAUAGCACUUAAAACAUUAGCUGGUGCUGUUACCGUUUUGCAAUCAUCAACAAAUUUGUUACCAAUGGCUGAAAAAGUUAAGUUAAUUACUCGGUGUAUUGAUACUAUUGCAUAUAUAGUAACCAGAGAAAGUGAGUUUUUCUCUUCUGGAAGCACUGGUGAUUUUUGUUUCUUCUUCAUCGAAUCUGAAAGGGGAUUUAAACAACAUGAACUUGGUCCGAUUCUAAUGCUUUAUGCCCAGAAAUGUCUUCAAGGUUUGGAGAUACAUGGAAAGAACAAGAAAAAAAUUGACUCGAAACAAGAACACGAAAAAAGGAUAGUUCUAGAAACAAUAGUAAGCUUCCUACCAAGAGAAAGAAACACAAUGUCGGUCAGUUUUCUUUCAAUGUUACUUCGGGCAGCCAUAUAUCUUGAAACAACAAUGGCAUGUAAGCUAGACUUGGAAAAACGAAUGGGCUUACAACUCGGGCAGGCAGUCUUGGAUGACAUACUUAUUCCAUCUUUUCAUUUUGAUGGUGACACAAUGUUUGAUGUUGAUACUGUCCAAAGAGUCAUGAUGAAUUAUCUUGAAUACGAAUUAGAAGCCAAAAAUAAUCAAGAAAAUGACAUGGAAAAAGUUGGAAAGUUAAUGGAAAGUUAUCUUGCUGAAAUUGCUUCAGAUAGGAAUUUAUUACUAUCAAAAUUUGUGGAUUUUGCUGAACAUAUUCCUGAACAAGCUAAGGUAUCAGAUGAUGGAAUGUAUAGAGCCAUUGAUAUUUACUUGAAGGUUCAUCCAACAUUAAGUGAUAUGGAAAGAAAGAAAGUUUGCAGCUUGAUGGACUGUGAAAAGCUUUCACGUGAAGCAUGUGCACAUGCUGCCCAAAAUGACAGGCUUCCUGUGCAAACUGUGUGUCAAGUUAUUUUCUAUGAACAACAACGGUUAAGAGACACCAUGGGUGGUGAUGGUCUAUUAGCGGUUGAACCCACCACCACCACCACCGCCUCCACCUCCACCACCAUCCCGGCUGCCACCGCCACGAACAAGCCAUUAUCCCAUGAGCUUUCAUGGCUGAAAAAAGAAAACCAGGACCUGAAAUUUGAGCUUUUAAAAAUGAAAAUGACGUUGAAAGAAGUGGAAAGAUUGUCUAGUGAGAAAUAUGUAGUCCGAAGCCCGAGUGUUCCUACUCGUUAUUCUGCUGAUCAUAAGCCACUGUUUCCUCGGAAAUCGUUUUUAAAUUCUGUAUCGAAAAAGUUAGGGAAGCUUAUGCCACUUCUACGCGUUGAUGGGAUUGUACCUUUGAGUACAAGAGGAAGGAAUAAACCAAGUAAAGACCGAAGACAUUCAAUGUCUUGAUUCGUUUGACAAGAGUAUUCUCGAUUACAUGCCUUUGAUAUAUUUGUGUGAUAUUUCUGUAAAGUUAGUACAUAUCAUUAAAAUAAGAGCAUUUACAACGGUGAGUUUAAUGACAGAAUUAAAUGAGG